CCUUGCGCUUGCGUACUACUGCCCCAGCCCGUCGCCGCGGCCCGGAUCGGGAAGUGUCAAGCGGGAGCCGGGUUCCCCGUCUUCGCCGCGAUCACCGCUGAACCCGGACUCCUUACACAGUCCGGGGCUCAGCCACCAUGACCAACGUGUACUCCUUGGAUGGGAUUCUGGUGUUUGGUUUGCUCUUUGUUUGCACCUGUGCCUACUUCAAGAAAGUACCUCGUCUCAAAACCUGGCUGCUGUCAGAGAAGAAGGGAGUUUGGGGUGUGUUUUACAAAGCUGCUGUGAUUGGAACCAGGCUGCAUGCUGCUGUGGCCAUCGCCUGCGUUGUAAUGGCCUUUUACGUCUUGUUUAUAAAAUGAAUUCCAAAGUAUCCAACUCAUCAGCUGCCAAACAAGGGGACAAGGGUGAAGAACCUGUGGGAGGCCUGGACCCAGUGUAGCAGAGUUCAGCUAAAAUCAUCAAAGUCCCCAGGAUGACACCAGAGCAUCUGUCCCUGCCAUAUGUCAGGGAAACUCCUCAUGGUCAUGAACAUUAUUUGUACUCCAGGGGACUCCAGAAAGCCAUCUUCCUUUGAUCUGUGUGUAAAUCAGCCCUCAGCAGUGAGCAUAUAAUGCCCAGAUAAAUUACAUCCCUCAGUGAUAAGAUUAUAUACCUCUUGCUUAAAAGCCUGUCACCUGGGCUGGGGUCAUAGCUCAGUGGUAAAGCGUUUGCUUAACAUGAGGCCUUGGGUUUGAGUCCCAGGACUGCAAAACAAAUAACAACAACAAAAUCCUGUCACCUAUUUUGUUCUUUGGUCCCUCAUCAGGAUCUUUUUAAACUGAGACUCUUAGGGAAGGACAUAAGCUAUGUUCAGACCUCUUGGAAGGAGAAAUAAUUUUCAAGACUUCUUUAUCUCCAAAUUUGGAUUUGGCAAAUUAGGGAGGGAGGGUGGUGGGUGGGAAAUGGAAGGUAUGAAAAGCCAAGAAAGUGACUUUAGAAAUGUACCCAUCUGGGAACACGAGAGAGAAGCAUGGCUCUCACUGCAGAAAGGAACAGAUGAAGCAGCUUGCUAUAUGCUGGCAGCUUGAGGGUUUUGGCAAGAGUCUGAGCUUACAUAAAAUUGGAGAGUUGUCUUUGUAUGAGACUAGAAACCAGUGAUUUGACACAAGAAAACAUUUUCUCUCUACCUUAUCCUCAAAGGAGACUUCAUUCAAUGAAAUGGUACAUGAAAAAUGAAUCAACUGUUGCUAUUUCCUAAAGCUUUUUUGUAUUUUCUAAAUUACUUAGUGCUAAAUACUGUUCUUCAGUUUUAAAUGCCACCACUAGGGGAAACAGAAAGUAUUGAAGAAAUAAUUGUUUAAUAUAUUGCAGUUAGGGUAGAAGAAAGAAAUUCGUAUAUCAAUUCAUAUACUAGUUAAAUCAUCUAGUAUAAGAAUUUAUUGUAAUGAUAGGUGGGAGUUUUGUCAUGCUAUAAGAGAUACAGACUUAUUUUUAAAAUGUGGAUUAUGGCAAUUUUCAGUUGAUUGCUUGAUUUUCUUGAUCAACCCCUAAUUUUCUUCAUACUGCGGUGCUCUUUUAUUAUCUGGAAAUUCUGUAGGAACAUGGGACAUUCAAAUGAGAGAAGUUGCUGGUAUUUGUUGACAUAUUUGGACAGUUGAUAGGCUCCAUUAAUAAAAUGAGAGUGUUUUAUGGAAUAAAGUUAAACAGAACUUUGCAGUUGAGAGUGAGGGCUUUUCAUGGAAUAUGGUAGCAAAUCAUUGUCGAUUACUGAACAUUUGGAGGGAAGACUUCUCCACUCGCUCCUCGUCAUAUCAGCUGAUGGAGUUAUGUAACCUAGAAUGUCUAUCUAAAAAAAAGAGUUGGUCUAAAAUUGAAUUAUAAUAAGCAAACAUAACAUAGAUCUUCCAGUUGAAUUGUUCAUUACAGUGAAACUUGGUAAGUCAGCUGUGAUUGACUCUUGUAUGGCAUAAAUGAUCUGUCUGCUUACUCCAAAAGAGUAAAAGCUGCUAAGAGGUUUAGGUUCUGAAAUUUGCAGUUUAGUACUUCGAAAGGUUUUAAAAACAUAGAAGGUUAAGUAAAUUCUACAUGUGUUUUUUCAUCUCAGAUUUGUAGGUGUUAUCUCUUCAGGAAUUGGUCAACAGGGUAAAUUUCAGUGAUUCAGAUAUUUUUCAUUGUCAUUUCUGAGGACUUUUCUGAAAGAAAGGGAAUCUAGGGAAAUAGGAAAGAAGAGUUAUAUUUGUGGGUGUCAGUUUGGAACCUGUUGGCCAAAUGGAAUGUCACUCUGAGGAAAAGGGUUCAGCAUGUUUUGCACUUGUUAUUUUGUAGCUUUAAUGACUUUUUUUCUAAUAGAGCUAAUGUCUCUAAGUUUGGACCUUAGAGAUGCUUCAUAUUUUAAACUAGUCUCAUUCUACACUUGUAUUUCAAGCCAAUUUUUACAGUUUCCUGGGUGGGUUAUCUUGAUCUAAAUUCUUGAGUUGUUAUAUUUUGAGAUGUUGUCAUACCACGAUGUACCAAAAAGUGCACAAGUAAAAGGUGAUUUACAGCAAAAAGCAAAUACAUGGUUUAUUUAAUUUCUUAACUUUAAGCGGAUAAACAGAAACUUGUUUAACUCAUUACUUUGGCUGAUGUGUCAUAUAUUUUGGGCUAGAAAUUAUAAGAAGCUAUUCCUCUGGAGAACAAUAUUGGGCUGAAGAUACGAGGAUAGCAGUGUCGCCUCAGAUUCCACUUUGCAUUACCAUAAGCCCGGGAUGGAAUCAAGUUGCUCCUUUUUAUAGUAGAAGUACAGUUUUAUAUUCAUCACUCUCUGCAGAGAUCCUUGAAAAUAAAAUGUUUCCCUAUAA